AUGGGAAUUAAUCCAAGUAAACCCAACACCAAUGACACAAAAAAGGAUUUGGACCAAUUUCAAAAUCAAUCCGAAGAUUCUGGAAAGAAAGUAGUUAUGGAGAAAUUACAAGCCUUAUACGGAGAGAAAUUACAAGGUGAAAGUCUUGAUAAAUUUGCAUCCAUCUUGUCCGAUAAGGAACGAUUGAAGGAAAUUUAUCUUCAUACCGAUUUUGAAAAAGCAAAAGAACUUCAACGUUCCAUUAAAGAUCUCAAAAUGAUCACUCCAACGGUAUUGCAGAGAGCAACAAUGAAAUAUAGCUCACAGGCAUCUGCUUCCCCAAUUGGAGGUUCUGAGAUGUUGGAAGCAGCGAAAUCAUCACGUAGAAGUAGUUCUGCAGUGGAAAAUUCUUCUUCGAGUCAAUUACAACAACCUCAUGAUGAAGAGGAAUAUGAAGAUGAUGAAACUACUGAUGUGACAGAUACACCCAUGCAAAAUCCAUAUACUGAGCUAGAUAAUAACAAAAUUAGGAUUAAAUUAAUCGUUGCAGAGACUAGUAAGAAUGCGUUGGAAAAGAAUUUAAAGAGAAUGAUAUCUCCAUUUGUGGACAUGGAAAAGAGAAAAGCUCCCUUUGGAUUUUUCCAUAUUGCUCUUGCAGUUGGAUGUUGGAAGAUUGAGUGGAACAAUUCUUCAUUAUGCAUACCAAGAACUGUCACAGGCAAUUACGCUCUCAUCUGUGCAGAUAUUGAAAGUAUCGCUAGCUUGGACGAACUUGAAUUUGUACGAGAUAAGCUUGCAGAAACAAUUGUCAAAUGGAACACUUCAGUAUUUUACAAGCAACAAAAAGGUGAUCCUGAUAAUGGAUCAGGAAAUUGUCAACAGUUCAUAGAUGAAAUUUUACAAAAUUUGGGGUUGUCUGAUUAUUCUUCUUCAUUUCCUCUUCCACUUGCAAAUUAUUUAAAAACUCUUAGAGAGGAAGGAUAUGGUGAAAUGGUAUUCGAAUUGGAAGAUUCAUUUAAACAAAAAUUCUUUUCUGAAGAUAAUCCAGAGACUAGUAAAUAUUUGAAAAAGAAAAGUAUUCAUUUCAAAAGCCACAAAGAGCUAGAUUUAUUUGCAAAAGCUCUCUUUGACAUAGAUCCUGAUUUCCAGAUAAAUCAUAAGUACGAAUAUUAUUUAUUGAAAGCAUAUGACAGAGGUUUUUGGAUGAGACAUUUAAAGCCUGCAGGAGAAACAAAUACUGAUAAAGAAAAUUAUGAGCCUUUGGAAGAGGAGGACGGAACAUUAGCAUGCAAGUUUGGAGAUCCUACCCUGCAUUCUUUCCUUGCAUUUAAUCUUGCAAAGAAGAGGUAA